AUGCGAUAUUCUAUCCUUUCUGGUCGAUAGAAUCAGAAAUGACUGCCUUGCAUGGAGCAUACAGUUUUCGUUCCGCAUAACCACGCCUGUGCCACAUAGCCACGCCUGUGGGUAUUCGAACUUGCUGCUGGUCAAAAGGUCUCUGAGGGGGAGAGGGAAGCAAGGAGAUACGCCCACUUCACGACCUCCGUCCGCCACAUACUACAUCGCACGACCAUCGCCUACGACCAUCCGACGCUAAAACAUGUCUACGAUAUCCCACGACUCGCAUCCCUUGCCUCAGCCGGCAUUCCAGCACGCCACCCCCAACGAACAGCCUCAGAUCACUCCAGUUCCGGGGACUGCGCAGCGCAUCCCUGGCCGCGUACAGGCGACCGCCGUCUCACUCCCUCUCUUCGGUUCCUUGAAGAGUACCACCUUGCUCCGGCCGCUGACAGGCUUUGGGCUUUUGUUGAAGCAAAAAUCCUUCGCGCCCGCGUCAUUCGCGGUGAAGCUCCUGGCCGGCACCGUCGCCGGAAAACUUCUCUUUUCCUUCACACGCAAAGGGAAGUCCGACGUCGAGGGAGGAAACAUUACUCCACCCGGAAUCCCUCCCCCCUCGCCAUCGGAUGACACCGCCGUCGAGCCCGAGCACCCUCGAGGCUGCCUCUCGACCGUCGCCACAUAUAUGCAGUGGAUCAUCUCCCUGCAAAUCCUUUGUGUGGAAGCCGCGGCGCUGGCCUCCUUCAGCAGCGUAGUCGCUAUUCUCAUCGGCCAGCAAGUUCUCAAAUCUGAACAUAGCGCAUUCGACGUCACUGCCGCAUCCGCUGCCUCCGUUGGCGCUGUCGGCGGGGUUGUCCUCUUCCCUUUGUACAUAGUCGAGACUAUGUUCCUCCAUGUCCUCCCAUUCUUUCUUAUUCGGUGGCCUAUAAUUAUGGGCGUACGCGCUGCGAUGGGAGCAGUGGGGGCCGCGGUCCUGCGUACAGCCAUAACUCAGGACGACUUCUUGUCCGUCAAAGAGAGCGCACUAGCCGCAAUGGUUGGACCAGCUAUAAUGGCGGCGGUAGAGGAAAUCUUUCUGGUCUUGGCGGCUCUAUGCAAGGUUUGUGCAGACGACGAUUGA